AUGUACUCUACCACUGGAUUGGAGCUGACCGCGACAAACACCAUUCCUAUGGCGGCCUUUGUGCGCAUCAUCAACAUAUACCGUCUCCUCUAUCUCAAUGAGAGAGCAAAACAUUACAACAUUGCCUACGUGUGGACCCCAGUCGAAUGUGACGUUGCCAAGAUGGCCUGCUGCAUGCCCGCACUUCGCCCACUCUUUAGUCGUCUCUGGCCACGGUCGUUCGACAACAGCGGCGCCAAAGCCGAAGAAUAUCCCUACUCGAAUUCGCUCGGCAACGUGACAUACGGCCGGCCGUCCAUGGGUGGUAGUCACCAGCCCCGGGAUCGAUCGGGGGCGACGAAAGGCUUCAUGCUCAAGGACAUUUACGGCUCUCGGAAGAAAACACAGACAUAG